AUGGCUUAUGCAGAAUUCGAGAGGUGGAAGCUGCAGUGCUACCUGACUGAUCCUGUGAACAGACAAAAGCUAAACAUAAUGACCUGUGGUCUGGACAUGGGGGCAGCCAUCUACGAGGUGGCUGAGAGAAAAGAGCAAGCAGCCCCUGUAUGGGAAUGGCCUGACCCUGGAAGUGUGGUCUCUGUGUGCUUUGUGACUUCAGUCGGAAAGCUUGUGGUGGGAUCCUGGGCUGUGCCUUACGUUUUCCAUCAACAGAGGGCACUCUGUCGUUUGCCAAGGAACUGCUAUGUCAGGGGGCUCGGGGCUGGGAGUGAAGCAGCCGACAGUCAGAUCUAUAGACAUCAAGUUCAGUUUUGUAUACUGGCGAGUAUGAUCUUCCGGAAGGAGCCGUUUUUCCAUGGACAUGACAAUUAUGAUCAGUUGGUGAGACUAGCCAAGGUUCUGGGGACAGAAGAUUUAUAUGAUUAUAUUGACAAAUACAAUAUUGAAUUAGAUCCCUGUUUCAAUGAUUUCUUGGGCAGACACUCUCAUAAACGGUGGGAACACUUUGUUCACAGUGAAAACCUGCACCUUGUCAGUCCAGAGGCCUUGGAUUUCCUGGAUAAGCUGCUGCGAUAUUAUCACCAAUCACGGCUCACUGCAAGAGAAGCCAUGGAACAUCUCUAUUUCUAUACUGUUGUGAAGGACCAGGCUCAAAUGGGUUCAUAUAGCAUGCCAGGGGGCAAUACACCUGUCAGCAGUGCCAACAUGAUGUUAGGGAUUUCUUCAGUGCCAACCCCUUCACCACUUGGACCUCUGGCAGGCUCACCAGUGAUUGCUUCUGCCAGCCCCCUUGAUAUGCCUGUUCCAGCUGCUACUGGCGCUCAGCACCCAUCUUUCUCCUGA